CUUAAGUUUAAUUAUUAGUUUUAAAAGUUAUGAUUAUACAACGACCAAGCAUUGGGCACUUCCUAUUUAACUCGGCCUCCAAAUCACAUGAACUCCAAGAAUACUAUAAGAGACCCAAAAAAAUAAAAAAGGAAAAGCUUUCAUAUUAAUAGCCAUGGAACAAAAAAAACAAGAAGCUCACUUUGUCCUCCUCCCAUUCAUGGCCCAAGGCCACAUGAUUCCCAUGGUAGACACCGCUCGAUUGCUCGCCAAACGCAAUUUAACCGUCACGAUCUUAAUAUCUCCUUAUAACCUCAAUAGAAUCAAACCCAUAAUCGAUCGGGCAAUCGCCUCCGGCUCCAACAUCCGCAUCUCCCACCUCAGAUUCCCGACUGUCGAAGUUGGCCUUCCAGAAGACUGCGAAAGCCUCGACAUGGUUCGCUCUUCUGAAGACCAUUCCAGGUUUCACAAAGCCAUCGACUUGCUACAAAGUCAAGUCGAACAAGCCCUCCGAACCCUAGACCCUCCCCCGACCUGCAUAAUCUCCGACCUUUUCUACCCAUGGUCGACACCCUUGGCCACUCGGCUCGGGAUCCCACGAUUCGUGUUUCACGUGCUUGGCUGUUUUACCCUGUUGUGCAUGAACAUGUUGGCCGUCUCUCAGGGUUUCAAGGACAUUGACGUGCCCGACACCGAGUACUUCGCGCUGCCCGGAUUGCCCGAUCGAGUCGAGAUCACCAAGGCCCAGAUCAAGGGCACGGCGGGUCAGGUCCCGAGCUGGUGGACCGAGCUCGUCGACAGGAUCGAGGAUGCCUACUCGGAGGCCUCCGGGAUCGUGGUCAACACGUUUGAGGAGCUCGAGCCCGCUUACGUGAGGCGGUACGCAGAAACCCUAGGCAUGGAGGUGUGGUGCGUGGGGCCCGUCUCCCUAUGCAACGAGGACGAGCUCGACAAGGCACAGAGAGGAAAUAAUGAGGCCUCGAUCGAUGGGGGGGAGUGCUUGAAGUGGCUCGAUGCUCAGGAUCCCGCCUCGGUUGUCUACGUCUGCCUCGGGAGCCUGUCGAGCCUGACCGCCUCGCAGCUCGUGGAGCUCGGGUUGGGCUUGGAGGCGUCGGGCCGACCUUUUGUGUGGGUCGUGAGGAGGAGCACGUCAAACGAGGAGCUCGAGCUCGUGUCUUGGCUCGGGAGGUUCGAGGAGAGGGUGCGGGGUAAGGGUCUCGUGAUCCACGGGUGGGCCCCGCAAGUGAUGAUACUCUCCCACCCAAGCGUUGGGGGGUUCGUGACGCACUGCGGGUGGAAUUCGACGCUUGAGGGGACGACGUCGGGGGUGCCGAUGAUGACGUGGCCGGUCUUCGCGGACCAGUUCUGCAACGAGAAGUUCAUCGUGAAUGUGGUGGGGACGGGGGUUCGGGCAGGGGUCGAGGUGCCUGUCAUGUUCGUGGGAGAAAAGGACAAAGGAGGAGUUCAGGUGAAGUCGGAAGUCGUUAAGGCGGCUAUCGAGGAGUUGAUGGAUGGGGGAGAGAAAGGGAGAGAGAGGAGAGAGAGAGCACGAGAGCUCGGGAAAAAAGCGAGACGAGCGAUGGAGAAAGGAGGCUCGUCUUACAUUAACAUGACGCGCCUUAUACGACUCGUCGAGGGCCAACUAGGAUAA